AACAGUUUUGACUGGGCUGAGCGGGAACUGUGCUUCCUCAGAGGUAGGGAGGCGAGCAGGCCAGAGGUGGAUGAACGGAAUGGAGCACAUCUGUGUUCUAGACAAUUUAAUAACUGUACAGUCUUCAUAAUUUACAUUAAAGUUGUGAAUACAGUGUACAUUGUAGCAGUUGUAGUUGUCAACUCUGAACUGCCUUAUACCGUUCUAAGGUAUCAAAUUACAGUACUGAGCCAGAAAUAGACACUGCCUAAGGUAUCUAAUGACAGUACUGUAACAGAAAUAGACACUGCUGUGCUCUAUGUAAUGGAGUGACAUUUUCGUCCUGAAUGUGACACUGCUAUGAUGUGUGAGUGGAUGAAUACUUGUAAAGGAAACAAGGGAAUAACAGGGUCAAUUACAUUUCUACUCAUCUUGUUAUUUACCCUGCAACUGGCUGAAAAUGUAACUUCGGUCUCUCUGGUGAAAUGUCUCUACUCUGAGGACUGUGUGCUGACAUGCAGCUUCAAACCAAAUGAAGACGAGGUGGUUCACUGGUAUAAACAACAAAUAUGCGUCCAUAGCUACUACUAUCAAAGUGACCAGUUACAACUGCAGAAUGGACAUUUCAGUGGAAGGACCUCUUUGUUCAAAGACCAGCUUGUUCAUGGAAAUGCAUCGCUCCUACUAAAGAGGGUAGAUGUUUCAGAUGAGGGCCUAUAUAAGUGUUACACCAGCACCGUGAUGGGUAACAAGGAAACCUUUGUGGAUGUUAAGGUGGAAGCUCUCAUUCAGUCAGUGAGAAUGGAGAUGACUGGGGAGGUGGUCUCCUGUUCAUCUCAGAACAUCUAUCCUGCCCCUGAGGUGGCAUGGUCCACAGACCCAUUAUCUGGCCCAGAAACACUACAGAACUCCACCGUCAAAACCCCAGACUCCAAGGGUCUGUACAUAGUGGAGAGCAGAGUCAGGAUCCUGGGUAAUGUCUUUGACUAUGCCUACUUCUGCUCUGUCAUCUCUGCAGACAAGGCCCAGGUGUGGACCACCUCCAUAAAGAAGACAGAGGAAUUGAUUGGAGAGGCAGGGCGAGAGCUGUCCAUACCCUGCAUCGCUCCACAGAACCUCCAGAACUUCUCCCUCACCUGGACCUUCACCAGAACCAAUGACCCCACAGUCAUCCUCAGCUACGACAACAGAACCAGACGGACCUCCAACCUCUGGGAGGGCCGUGCUGGACUGGAGCAGGACCAGGUUCUGAUGAGUAAAGGAUCCCUCCUUCUUCACAACCCAGAGAGUGAGAAACACUCAGGAACUUACACCUGUACAUUCACAGGCUUCCAGAGGAGACACAUGGUCCAAAACCAGGUCAACAUCACAGCCAGACGACCCACUGCAGGUGUAACCAACGUGAUGGCUGAUCACAUGCUGUGGAUGAUUCCUGCAGUGUCAGCAAUUCUGUGGCAGUCCCUGUGGAACUAUAUACACUGAGUAUACCGAACAUUAGGAACACCUUCCUUUUUCACUCAGAACAGCCUCAAUUCGUCGGGGGAUGGACUCUACAAGGUGUCGAAAGCAUUCUACAGGGAUGCUGGCCCAUGUUGACUCCAAUGCUUCCCACAGUUGUCAAGUUGAGUGGAUGUCCUUUGGGUGACCAUUCUUGAUACACACGGGAAACUGUUGAACGUGAAAAACCCAGCAGCGCGGCAGUGCUUAACACAAACCGGUGAGCCUGGCACCUACUAUCAUACCCCGUUCAAAGAUUAAAAAAUCAUUGUUUAACCUGUCUCCUCCCCUUCAUCUACACAUACUUAAGUGGAUUUAACAAGUGAAGUGAAUAAGGGAUCAUAGCUUUCACCUGGAUUCAAAUGUCAUGGAAAGAGCAGGUGUUCUUAAUGUUUUGUAUACUCAGUGUAUAAAUUAAUAAUAUAUUUGUGGAGUGAUUUCACAUGGAUGAAUUUACACUUUGGGAGAGGGGUUAGAUGCCAGCAAUAUUUUUUUACAUGGUAAACAAUGGCCAGACACACACUUACUCUCAGGCACAGUUUUAUGGCACAAGUUGUAUGGUUGAUUAGUCUGUGAACUCAAUUACUGUGGCCUGGCUUAAUGGAGUAAUGUGUAAUGAAGCAGACAGCAGGAGCUUGGCCUGGGUGGUGUGCAGGUUAAUGGAACAACUGCUUGAAUAGUUGUACAAAGUGUACACCACAGGCGGCCGGUGGCACCUAAAUUGGGGAGGACGGGCUGAUAGUAAUGGCUAGAACGGCAUCAACGGAAUGGUAUCGAGCACAUCAAAAACAUGGUUUCCGUGUGUUUGAUACCAUUCCAUUAACUCCAUUCCAGCCAUUAUUAUGAGCCAUACUUCCCUCAGCAGCCUCCUGUAACCAAGUCUGCAAUGACAAUGAAAAUAGUAUAUUCUGAAUGAGGAGAGGGUGGAGAACAAUUUAUGCUUUUUUUUAAUUGAAAUCCUAAUAAAAAAGUAAAAAUAUGAAACUAACUUUACCUCAGUGCCAAAUCAAACCAUAAAAACAACCCUCUGAGCAGA